UUUCGGUGCAACGGAUGGACUGACUUUGUCUUUAACUAGACGGGCAGCAUUCUGAUGAGAUAUUUUUGAGAAAGCGCUCGCCCUUCAUUUAGGUUCCUUAAGGUUUAGCACAAUAAUGAUUUCGGAAAGGAAGAAGGAUUGUGCAUUUUUAAGUGCAUACAUAAAGUUUCCUUUUGGGAAAACAAUCAUAGCACAUCUACCAUGCUUCCGUAGAAAUGGAGACGGGAGUGCUACCGAGGCCGGAGGAAGUAGAUACUCGGGGUAGAUGAUUGCUGGACUGAAAUCAUGCAAAGGCAGGACUGAUUGCAUUUGCCUGGGUGGCCUGGGACAGCCUUAGCAGAAGAGGAAGUUGCUGAAUCUCAAAGGCUGAAUGGGACCUCCUGGGAGAAAGAAGAGAAGGAAUGUCUCCAGAAAGAGAGAGCGAUCCCCAGAGUGCCGCACCUGGCAUGGACACCUUUCUCUGCGUCUGGAGGAGCACGUGUGGCAGUGCCAUCACCCGGACACGAAGCUGCUAAGGCCAUCUCAGGGGUGUGGGCGCCAGGAUAGGAAGGCGGCGUCCCAGGGCCACAUAGCCAUGCCUUUCGGCCUGAAGCUCCGUCGGACCCGGCGCUACAAUGUCCUGAGCAAGAACUGCUUCGUGACACGGAUCCGCCUGCUGGACAGCAAUGUAAUCGAGUGCACACUGUCGGUGGAGAGCACGGGGCAGGAGUGCCUGGAGGCCGUGGCCCAGAGGCUAGAGCUCCGAGAGACACACUACUUUGGCCUCUGGUUUCUCAGCAAGAGCCAGCAAGCACGAUGGGUGGAGCUGGAGAAACCUCUGAAGAAACAUCUGGACAAAUUUGCAAACGAGCCUCUGCUUUUCUUCGGAGUGAUGUUCUAUGUGCCAAAUGUGUCAUGGCUUCAGCAGGAGGCCACAAGGUACCAGUAUUACCUGCAAGUCAAAAAGGACGUGCUUGAAGGACGGUUGCGGUGCACGUUGGAGCAGGUGAUCCGGCUGGCCGGCUUGGCCGUGCAAGGUGAGGAGCGUGGUGGCCGGCACGCGAGGUCCCACAUUCAGUUUGACUGUGAGAAAAAAGUCUUGUUGGACAGCAUGGAAGACGCAGUGGCAGGAGCCAGUGGCAGUCAGUGUAUACAUCUGAACCGCGAAUGUUCCCGGGCUUCUGCCCUGUCGUUCUGCCCCAUGUUGUACCCCGGAUACAUGGUGAACUGUGGGCAGGAUCUGGCCCUGGAGGAGGCCGUUCUGGAAGAGCUGACGCAGAAGGUAGCCCAAGAGCACAAAGCCCACAGUGGAAUCCUGCCCUCAGAGGCGGAGCUCAUGUACAUCAACGAGGUGGAACGCUUGGAUGGAUUUGGACAGGAGAUCUUCCCUGUGAAGGACAAUCAUGGAAACAGCGUGCAGCUGGGCAUUUUCUUUAUGGGGAUUUUCGUGAGAAACAGAAUUGGAAGACAAGCAGUAAUAUACAGGUGGAAUGACAUCGGAAAUAUCUCGCACAACAAGUCGACUAUUCUGCUGGAGCUCAUCAACAAAGAAGAGACGGCCCUCUUUCACACGGAUGAUCUUGAAAAUGCCAAGUACAUCUCUCGGUUGUUUGCUACACGGCACAAGUUUUACAAACAAAACAAAAUCUGCACUGAACAGUCAAAUUCUCCACCCCCCAUCAGACGCCAGCCCACUUGGAGCCGAUCCUCUCUGCCCCGGCAGCAGCCGUACAUCCUGCCUCCCAUGCACGUCCAGUGUGGCGAACACUACUCGGAAACACACACCUCACAAGACAGCAUUUUCCAUGGGAAUGAAGAUGCCUUAUAUUGCAACUCUCACAACAGCCUGGACUUAAAUUAUUUAAACGGCACCGUCACCAACGGCAGCGUGUGCAGCGUCCACAGCGUCAACUCCCUCAGCUGCUCCCAGAGUUUCAUCCAGGCUUCUCCGGUGUCCUCCAACCUCAGCAUCCCCGGGAGUGACAUCAUGCGGGCUGACUACAUCCCUAGCCACCGGCAUAGCGCCAUCAUCGUGCCGUCCUACCGGCCGACCCCCGACUAUGAGACAGUCAUGCGGCAGAUGAAGCGGGGGACCGUGCACGCCGACAGCCAGAGCCAGUCCCUGCGGAACCUCAGCAUCAUCCACACGCAUGCCUACAACCAGCCGGAGGACCUGGUGUACAGCCAGCCCGAGAUGCGCGAGAGGCCCCCCUACACGGUCCCGUAUGGGCCGCAGGGAGGCUAUGGUAACAAACUUGUCAGCCCGUCUGACCAGAUGAACCCAAAGAAUAACAUGGUGCCAAGCAAGCCGGGGGCGAGUGCCAUCUCCCACACAGUGAGCACCCCCGAGCUGGCCAACAUGCAGCUCCAAGGCACCCAGAAUUACAGUGCGGCCCAUAUGCUCAAGAACUAUCUCUUUCGGCCACCGCCCCCCUACCCACGGCCACGCCCUGCCACCAGCACACCAGACCUUGCCAGCCACCGUCACAAGUACGUCAGCGGCAGUAGCCCUGACCUGGUGACCCGCAAGGUGCAGCUCUCGGUGAAGACCUUCCAAGAGGACAGUUCCCCGGUGGUGCACCAGUCUCUCCAGGAGGUGAGCGAGCCCCUCACGGCCACCAAGCACCACGGCGCGGCAAAUAAGUGCCACAGCCUGGAGGUGAUGAGCAGCAUGGUGCGGGGAAUGGAGGCCAUGACCUUGAAGUCACUCAACAUCCCCAUGGCUCGUCGAAACACACUCCGGGAGCAGGGGCCACCUGAGGAAGGGCCAGGGAGCCACGAGGCUCACCAGCUUCCCCAUUACCACCACCAGAAGACUCUCUCAGAUGCCACCAUGCUGAUCCACAGCAGCGAGAGCGAGGAGGAAGAGGAGGAGGCCCCAGGAUCGGUGCCUCAGAUCCCCACGCUACGGGAGAAGCUGGGGUACAGUGCCCAGCUGCAGGCAGCCUUGGCCCGAAUCCCAAACAAGCCCCCGCCCGAAUACCCGGGCCCGAGGAAGAGCGUUAGCAACGGGGCCCUGAGGCAAGAGCAGGUCAGCCUGCCUCCCGCCACUGCUGCCAGGGCUAGGGUCCUGAGGCAUGGGCCGGCCAAGGCCGUCAGUGUUUCCCGAGCUGACCAGCUGGCCGUGGCUGGGCCUUCCCUCGGUCCGUCCAUCUCCGAACCCGACCUGACAAGCGUGAAGGAGCGGGUCAAAAAAGAGCCUGUGAAGGAGAGACCGGUGUCCGAGAUGUUCUCCCUGGAAGACAGCAUUGUAGAGAGAGAGAUGGCCAUCAGGAAUCUAGAGAAGCAGAAGAUGGCAAGCCUGGAGGCCCAGAAGCGGCCGCUCAUGUUGGCAGCAUUGAAUGGACUCUCAGUGGCCCGGGUCUCAGGGCGGGAAGAGAGCCGAGCUGAUGCUGCCCGAGUUCCCGUGGAUGAGAGGUUCAGAACCCUGAAGAAGAAGCUAGAAGAGGGAAUGGUGUUCACAGAAUAUGAGCAAAUUCCAAAGAAGAAGGCGAAUGGCAUUUUCAGCACCGCGGCUCUACCGGAAAAUGCCGAGCGGAGCCGCAUCCGCGAAGUCGUCCCCUACGAGGAGAACAGGGUGGAGCUGGUACCGACCAAAGAAAAUAACACAGGUUACAUUAAUGCCUCCCAUAUCAAGGUGGUGGUUGGUGGGGCAGAAUGGCACUACCUUGCCACUCAGGGGCCCCUGCCACACACCUGUCACGACUUCUGGCAGAUGGUGUGGGAGCAGGGAGUGAACGUGAUCGCCAUGGUCACCGCGGAAGAGGAAGGCGGACGAACCAAGAGCCACCGAUACUGGCCCAAACUGGGCUCCAAGCACAGCUCGGCUACCUAUGGCAAGUUCAAGGUCACCACAAAGUUCCGAACAGAUUCUGGUUGCUAUGCAACCACAGGCUUGAAGGUCAAGCACCUUUUGUCGGGGCAGGAAAGGACGGUGUGGCAUUUGCAGUACACUGACUGGCCGGACCACGGCUGCCCGGAGGAUGUCCAAGGGUUUUUAUCCUACUUGGAGGAGAUCCAGUCGGUGCGGCGCCACACCAACAGCAUGCUGGAAGACGCCAAGAACCGGCACCCUCCCAUCGUGGUCCACUGCAGCGCGGGGGUGGGGCGCACUGGCGUGGUCAUCCUCUCCGAGCUGAUGAUCUACUGCCUGGAGCACAACGAAAAGGUGGAAGUACCCAUCAUGCUGAGGCUCCUCAGGGAGCAAAGGAUGUUCAUGAUCCAAACCAUCGCCCAGUACAAGUUUGUCUACCAAGUCCUCGUCCAGUUCCUCCAAAACUCCAGACUCAUUUAGCCCCUGGCCCAGCUACUGGAAGAAGGACCCAGCUCCAUCUCUCAGAUGGGGACGCACCUCCAGACAACACCCGCUCCCCCCAGCAGGGUGCGGGGGGCCAGAACAGGCAGGUCGUGGGCUCCCCGAAGGCGGGAGCCAUGAUGAUUCACCAACGUCCUAUAUUAUUUUAUAUGAGAUAAUUUAUUUUUUUCCCUUUUGGAUAACUUUUGUGAAUCAUCAUAAUGCAUAAUGUUUUCACAGUAAUAUAGUACUUUUCAUUUGAACCACA